AGGAGCCCUGAUGUCACCCAGACCAAUCUUCCAAACUAAACAUGAUAUUCAACAUUUUGGUAUCUGGAAGAUGGGGAGGGUUUGUGAGAACAGGCACCUGCUGUGCCUCUAGGACACUUUGAUGGGCGCGGAGAGUUUUUCACGGUGGAUGCCAUGGAUGAGUGAUUUUUAAAGUGCUCUGGAGGGUGCCGUAAAGUCGGAGCAGUUUUCAUAAUGUGUGAGCGGGAGGAGCCCUUCAGUGAGGGGGAGUUGAGGAACAAUAACCAGCCGGGCGGCGUGCUGGCUGACGGCGAUGCCAACGCCAAUGAAAUCCGGGUGGAAGAUGACGGUAAGACUGGGGACACCGGCUCGCUGCUGGGGCCGCCGAGCGAGACGACGGAGCCGGACAAAGUCAUCAUCUGGGGCACGGACUCGCAGUGCGACGACCCCGAGCUGGCUGAGUUUGAGAUGCUGGAGUGCCAGGAGCUGGAGGCUUAUCUGGUGGAGGACGGCGAAGACUUUGUGGGGCUUGCGGAGCGAAAUCAGCUUCAAGAACAUCACUCAUCAUGCAGCACAGCCACACUCGAGCAGGAGUCGGAUAACAGCCGGGAAGAGAGGAAGCCGGUUGUGCGUGAAGCCAGCGAGCAGGAGUCGUCCGCCUCUCAUGUGUCUGAGAGCAGAGAGGCAUCCAGGAAUGAGCUGAGCUCUGAAACGGACGUCUUUGUGACUUGUCUGUCCACCGUUUCCAGCAUGGUCACAGCUGCGGACACUGUGGGAAGGACCCAGAUUACCGACUCCUGGCAGUUUGCCUCCGGGCCUCAAUCGACCAUCUCAGAAGACCUGACUCUGGCUUCUCAGAUCGUCUCUGACAGAGGCAAGGCUGAUCACCCUUCCCUUUCAGCGAGGAAAAGCACAAUACAGCACAAGGAGGUGGACGUGAAUUUGAAUUCGACGGUUCGUUCGGAGGAUGCUGGCUCACAUGCACGCGUGAGUAAUGCCGUUUUAUGCAAGGAAGUCAGGGAUGAGCACAGGAAGAGCAACAACAUGGAAAACAAAGCAGGGAAUCCUGUUUUAGGAGGGGACUGUAAUCGAGGAAGAAGUACUGAGCACAAGUCUUUACCCAAAGUGUUUGAAGAAAGUAACACUAAGAUGGAUAAAAGCACACAAGCUGAUGAAAGCCCACCUAAAACAGGUACAAGGCGGGCUCAAUCGAUUGAUCCUAAAGCCAUGAGAAAGCAAGGCUCAUUCGAUAACACCCUGAAAAAACAAAACUCCUUUGACAGGAGCUUCAAAAAGCAGCCUUCGUUUGAAUAUUCUUUAAAGAAGCAGCUCUCUUUUGAUAACUCCUUAAAAAAGCCGGGCUCUGCGGAGCACACGGUGGUCCCCGGCUCUUCAAGUCUGGAGAGGAGGAAGCCAUGGGUAAGCCCGAGUCGAUCGGUGUCUCCUGCGUCCCCGAAGAACACCUCUUGCUCUCCCAAGAGACGGCCUCCUGGUUCUCCUGCCAAAGUCCAGGGCUCCAGGGCACUGAGCUUGGAGCGCAGCGACUCCCCUUACCGAGGUCUGAGCCAGCCGGUUAAACCACCUGGUAAGACCAGCCUGAGCAGCGGCAUCCCCAAACCCGUCAUGCCUCAACAGAAAGAGUCCGAGCCCAGAAGAUCCUCUCCUCCUCAGAAGCCCAAGAACGUCCGACCUAAAAUAAUCACGUACGUUCGCAAGAAUCCUCAGGCCAAACCGCAAGGCCCCGAUGCCCCUCACGAAACAAGGUUAUCCUCGUACACCAUCCCUCCCCCUCACAAAGAUCCGAAGGCUGCUACUCAACCCAAAUCCACGCCGGUGCUGUGUUCCUCCAACCUGCUCUUCGACAAGUAUCGGCAGGAGAUGCAGAAGGCGGGGUACUGUCCUCCAGGCGGGAUGAAGCCUCCGGGCAGCACCAUCCCACAGAGGCUCGGGGGGAAGUCGGACAGCUUUCACGAAGACAUGCCUGAAAAGUAUCUCCAAGAGCAUGUUUCCCAGGAGGGAGGAAGUGUGUACCGCUCGCCCAGAACCCUGAGACCUCAGCUGGGGUUAGGGGCGGUCACCAGGCAGCCUGCGGCCAAACCUCGAGUUCAGCAGACCGGUCAAAGGUCAGCACCGGGCCAGACAGCUCAGGCCGGCAGAGGGUCCGCUCCGGCCCACCAGGAGCUGGCAGGAGAGCAAAGGAGGUCAGGUCCUGAAACUACCCCCAAAAGCCUCCUGCUCAAAUCAGGCCAGUCCGGCCUCCGUCCUCCGGGCUUCUCCGCCCUUCCACCUGCACGCCUGGCUGCUUUUGGCUUCGUCCGCACCUCGAGCGGCUCGUCUGCGUCCAGCAACCAGUCCAACGACAGCGGACACUCUCAGCUCUCAAGAAAAGACUUGCAGAGGGACACAGAGGCAGCUCAGUCACCAAAGUCUUCCCCGAAGAGAUUUGCUGUGGUUUCGCCGAAGCCUCAGUCUCCUGUUCGUGGACGCCCGGCGGCGGCCGGCCAGGGCGGCGUCCGGGCCGACAGGGCUCAGGAGCUGGACCGGGCCCUCAUCCAGCAGCUGCGCGAGCGCUGCGAGCGGCAGGCCCUGCAGCUGCAGACCCUCCAGGCCCAGCUGAAGAAGGCCUCGCUGUGCCUGGAUGUUUUCAGCAUCACCACCCAGCACUUCUGCCACCAGAGCGAGAGUGCCAUCGUGAAGGAGAGGGAGCUUUCCCUGGAGCUCGCCAGAAUCAGGGAUGAAGUGGCUUUCAGUGUUGCACACUGGGAGAAACUGCAGCGGGAGAAGGAGGAGCAGGAGCGGCGUUUCGAGGCCGAGCUGCAGCGGCUGCGGGCUCAGCAGCAGAGGGAGCUGGGAGCGCUGGAGGAGCGGCUGAAGGCGCGGCACGCCGAGCAGACCCACAGCCUGCGGGCCCAGCAGCGGGCCGAGCUGGACGAGCUGCGCUGCAAGCAGCAGGAGCAGCUGGAGGAGAUGAGUGAGAGCCAUGAGGCGUCCCUGGUGGAGAUGGAGACGACUCACAACGACACUCUGGCCACUCUGCAGGAGGAACACGCCAGGACUGUAAAGAAUUUAAAGAUGGCCCACGAGCAGCAGAGGAAGUCUCUGGAGGAGGAGUUUGAGAAGAUCAGACUGUCACUGCAGGACCAGGUGGACACGCUGACGUUUCAGAAUCGAAGCCUCAGAGAUCGGGCCAAGAGAUUUGAAGAAGCACUUCGCCGGAGCACGGACGAGCAGAUCGUGGAUGCUUUAGCACCAUAUAAACACAUAGAAGAGGACCUGAAGAGCCUGAAAGAAGUCCUAGAGAUGAAAAAUCAGCAAAUCCAUCAGCAGGAGCUGAAGAUUACCGAACUGGAGAAAAUACAGGCUGAAAAGAAUGUGUACCUGGAGGAGAAACUGCAAGUGCUGCAGCAGCAGAACGAAGACCUGAAGGAGCGAAUAGACAAGAACCUCGCCGUGUCCAGGCAACUUUCUGAGGAAAACGCCAACCUGCAGGUGCACGUGGAGAAGGAGAGCAACGAGAAGAAGCGUCUGAGCCGCACCAACGAGGAGCUGCUGUGGCGCCUGCAGACGGGCGAGCUGAGCCCUCGCAUGUCCCCGAGCUCGUCCCCGGUCCACCGGCCGCCCUCCGGACAGGGCUCCCCGGCCCGCCCGCACUCCUACCAUCAAUGACGCUUCAGCCGAAGCUCACUAAUCAGACUCUUUCAUUUCAUCCAAUGUCAGAAGACU